GGCAACGGCAGUGCACUGCGACUGCAUCCGCAAGAGAACCAGAACCGCUCGAGAGAUGAGACCGUACACCAAGCUGUUGCUGGCGUUGGCGCUGGGCGUCGUGGUGGCGGCGUGCGUGGUGUCGGCGGCCAAAGGCGACGGCGACGACGAGAACGCGUCCGGCAACGCGGGCCACGAGGGCCACAGGGGCAGGCACGAGGGUGGAGGUCACCAGCACCACGGCGAGGGCCGCAACUGCAGCCACUCGCACGGCGGGGAAGGCGGCGCCGACCACGGGGGGCGGCCCGGCGCCAGGGGCCACCGCCACCACCACCACCACCACGGCCACCGCAGCCAGCAGGGCGAGCACAGCCACGAGGGCAGCCACGAGAGCCAGGAGAGCCACGAGGGCAGCCACGGCGGCCGCGGAGGACACCAGCACGGCCAGGGCGGCCAGGGCGGCCAGCAGGGGGGGCAGGACGGCUCCCACGCCGGGGAGAACCGCGAGAACUAUUAGACGACGGAUAACGCCGGCUUCAUUGAAGACACGACCAUAUCUAGAGGUCUGCUGUACAUAGAUACAAACUGUUGACGUCAACUGCAACCUAAUAAAAUUACACGUUGUUAGUA